UCAUCAUUCCAUAUUUAUAAACAUGUUUAAAAUUGCAAUUUUUUAAGUAAAAUCUUUAAAAUUCUAAAAGUGACGAAAAGAAAUCAAUAAAUUUUGUUUCCAUUGUGUCCACCGCCCAUAAAAUAUAAAAAGUUUGCAGAAAAAAAAUGUUUAAUUUUAUUGGGAAGAAAGAGAAAAAGUCAAGGAAGGUCGGUGCAGGUGGAGAAGAACUUGAGAAUGUUGACAAGUUGGAAGAAGUUCGGCGCUCCUUAAAAAUUCGUUCAGGAAAGAGAAAAGAAAAAGCAAAAUUGCCAUCCGGAAUCACAGCAGACUACAGUUCAGCAUUUUUCGCUCAACUGGAUAUCGAUCGCGGCAAUGAACUAGACAGAGGGAAUGAGGAGGUUUUUGCUGGUAACACAACCACUGUCAUUGAUUUAAAUAAUGGUGAUGUAUAUGAGAGACGUGGUCAAAUCGUAACUGGAACAAAUUCUACGGUUUCUGCAACGUUUCUCUCGCAACACUCUGACAAUGGUUCAGAUAAUUCCUUACAAAUGUUUGCGAGUAGUACAAGUGUGCAAAAUUUACCAGCAGUUCCACCGCGACCACCAAAGAGAGGUAUUCUGAAAGGUUCCAAAACCAGUCUAGUGAAUGUAAACGACUCAGAUUCGAGAGCAGUACUAAUGCGUAACACAUUGCAAAAUGAGCGUAUGGGUGAUGAGAUCGUGUAUUCACAACUAUCGCCAAAUCAUAAUCAUCAUAAUUUAAACAUUGCCACAACACCAUCACCGUCAGCAGAAAGUUUGACAGACACAACAAAUUCAUCAUUCGCGACACCUCCAUUUUCAUUAAGUCCUGUUGGUGAGUCGCAAGGUUUAUACAGUUGGACUCGCAUACAGCAGUUUGAUGAUGUUAGUCUUCCACUACCGCCAAUUAGAUUCGUCUCACUACCGCCAGCAAGAGAAUUAAUUAUCACCAGACGAAAAACUCACGAUUUUGGGUUUAGUCUGAGAAAUGCCAUUGUACUUGAUCGUUCGGAAUCGCUUUUUAUUCCGACAUCUAAAUCCGUUAUUUUUGCUGAACCAGGAGCUUCCACGGGUAAUGAUACUGGACUUUUGCCUGGUGAUCGUUUAAUGAAAGUCAAUAAUCAACCUGUUGAUAAAUUGCCACGCGAAGCAAUUAUUGAAAUGAUCAGAAAUAGUGGAAAUAGUGUAAUUGUUGAAGUUCAGCCUGUUGCUGAGUUAGUCGAGUUGUCAAGACGUUGUAUGCCAAAAGAAGGUUCUAAUCACGAUGAAAUCGAUAAAAUGUCUCAGGUAUCAGAUUGCAAUACACUUCGAAGGAGUGCAAGUAAACGAUUCAAUCAUCCAAAAUCACAUGAGAAUGGAUUUAAUGGAGACAUUGAGAAUCAGCGUGGUGAGCGUGUUUGGCUUGUUCAUAGAGGCGGAUUUUGUGCAGCAAUUCGUUUGUCACAUGCAAAUGGUAACAUUGAACCUGGUAAAGUUUUUAUCGAAUUGGAGCAUAAUGGUGAACAGUUGUAUGUCGAUGAUGAUGAUGUCGAGAAGGCUAAUCCUGGUGAAUUGGAUCUGGUUGAAGAUAUUUGUCAGCUAAAGCAUUUAAAUGAAGCAUCAGUAUUGAAUUGUAUUAGACAAAGAUAUGCUAGUAAUUUAAUACAUACGAGAGCGGGGCCAACAUUAAUUGUUGUCAAUCCAAUGGUACCAUUAUCACUCUAUUCUGAAAAGGUCGUGUCGAUGUUUAAAGGCUGUAAAGCAGAAGACAUGCCACCACAUAUCUAUUCAUUGGCACAAACAGCAUAUCGUGCAAUGCUGGAAACUCGUCGUGACCAAAGUUUAAUAUUUAUAGGACGAUCCGGUAGUGGAAAAACUGCAUCAUUUAAGCAUGCACUGUAUUAUUUGACACUUGCGGCUGGAUCAGCAAAUAAGUUAUUGACUGCUGAGAAGGUCAAUGCAAUUAACACAAUUCUAGAGGCAUUUGGAAAUACAAAAACUAUUAUUAAUACAAACGCGACAAGAUUUACGCAAAUAUUCAGCCUCGAUUUUGAUCAUGCUGGACAAAUUGCAAGUGCAUCCGUUCAGAUAAUGCUGAUGGAGAAACAGCGUGCUGGACGUAGGAUGAAUAAUGAGUCGCAUUAUCAUGUUGUAGCGAGACUGCUUGCUGGGGCUGAAGGACAUCUUCAGAAGGAAUUACAACUUGACAAUGUUAAUCUCGAUGAACCAAAUCUUUUUGUAUCCAUAUCGAGUAAGUUGGAGGAACGACAAAAGGCAUCUUCUGACUUUGUGCGUUUAAUGCAAGCUUUUCAUACAUUGAAUGUUGAUCAAAAUGCAGUCAAAGCUAUUUGGUGUGUAUUAGCAGCUAUUUAUCAUCUUGGACAUGCUUCUGCAACAAAAGUCGGAAAUGGAACAACUGCAAGAAUUCAAUUCGCUCAUCCAACAGCUGCACGUAAAGCUGCAAGUCUUCUGGGUGUUCAAGUUGAAGAACUUCUAGCUGCAGCCUUUACACUAUCUCCAACAAACUCAAAUCCAGGAACACCAACUCGAUCUCCACCGGAUAUAAUUGACAAUACCUUAAAUGCAGCAUUUGAUAGUCUUGAAGGAUUUGUUAUUGGAUUGUAUUCUGAAGCCGUAGCAGCUGCUGUCUCACUUAUUAAUAAAUCUAUAUCAACAUCAACUCAUACAAUCGCAUCAAUACUCUUAGUUGAUAGUCCUGGUUUCCAAAAUCCAGCAAGUUGUGGAUUACAAUCUGGUGCCACAUUAUCCGAUUUAAAACAUAAUUAUUUACAAGAGAGACUUCAAUUGCUCUUCCAUCAUACAACAUUAGUCAUGCCACGUGAACGAUAUGCACAAGAAAUGGUCGAAAUUGAUAUGGAAGGAUUUAAUGAAUCAUUCCCAGGACCAUUAGUUUCAUUAAUUGAUCGAUCACCCCAAAGUCAUGUUGUUCGUGGAUCGCAACGCGAUCUACGUGAAGCAGAUCGCCGUGGGUUGUUGUGGUUGCUUGAUGAAGAAUCAAUCUAUCCGAACUCCAACGAUGACUCAUUCUUGGAAAGACUUUUCACUCAUUAUGGCGAUAGAGAAAGUCAAAAUUUACUGCGAAAAGCGGCAGGAACACGACAAUUUAUUUUACAACAUUUACAAGGCACUAAUCCAGUUCUAUAUUCUGCUACCGGUUGGCUCAAAGCAAGCCGUGAACAUCCAGCCGUUAAAAAUGCUGUCAGUAUAUUACAAGACAGCUCAAAAGAAGAAAUCAGUUCAUUAUUUAUUGGCAAUUUGGCUCGCGGUGGUACAAUAUUCUGCGGAUCAAUUGCAGGCAUGGAAGGAACGCAAUCACUGCGUCGUGUUUCAAGCAUUCGUCGUUCAUUUACAUCAGCUGGUGUGAAGCGAAAUUCAGUUAUGCUUCAAGUCAAAUUCACCGUUGAUGGUCUCAUUGACACUUUACGACGAACUGGAACACAUUUUGUACAUUGCUAUUUAUUACAACACAAUGGUGGCAAUGCAAGUCUGUCAAAUGGUAAAUUAAUGCAGCAUACGAGCGAAGAUAUUGUUAAUAUACCGUUGCUCCGAUCACAGGUUCGUGGCUCACAAAUCCUUGAGUCUGCACGCCUUCACCGUCUUGGCUUUCCUGAAACUGUGCCACUCAACGAGUUUGUUCGUCGCUUUGGUCUGCUUAAUGAUACAACAACACCAAAAGAGAAUAACACUGUUGAAUCGAUUCUAUCCUAUAAUGAAAUUGAUGCAUCUACUUAUAGAAUUGGACCUUCUCAGGUUCUAUUUCGUUCGGGCGUUCUUAAUCAGUUAGAAGCGAAACGUGAUGAACUCUUAUCAGAUCGAAUCAUUCAACUGCAGUCAUAUUGUCGAGGUUAUUUAGCAAGACGUCGAGUUGGACAUCGAAGAGUUCAGGAAUUAGCAGUACGAUGCAUACAAAGAAAUGUUCGUGCAUUUAUGCAGGUACGCGAUUGGCCCUGGUGGCGAUUAUUGGUGCGAGUCACUCCACUCUUAAACGUUCAUCGUACAGAAGAACAACUGAAAAUAGCAAACGACGAAUUGACGAUGCUCAGAGUAAAGUUAGAGAAAAUGGAAGGCGAUCGAAAUUUGUUAAAGACGGAAAACUCUAAGCUGGAAUCUAAGUUAUCUGAGAUGACAGUCGAAUUAGCCGAGGAGCAUUCAACAUCGAAUAUAACAAGUGAACGCUUAGAUGCUGAACAGGGUGAACGUUUGAGAUUAGAAAAAGAACUCGAUGAACAGCAAUCGAAAUAUCGUAACCUUCAAGAAGCGUCGGAAAAAUUAGAAAUGGAACUAAUUUGUGCGAAAUCAGAUUUGAAUGGUGUUCUGGAGGACGAAGAUGCUGACAAUGACGAAGGUGGCAAUAAUACUUACAGACUCAAAUACGAGCGUGUCGCACGAGAACUUGAAUUCACAAAGAAGCGCCUUCAAACGCAGCAUGAACAUGACUUGGAACAACUUGUCGGACUUAAAAAGCAGCUUGAAAAGAAACUUGCCGAUGCAUAUGAAGAAGUUGAAGAACAGCGACAAGUUGUUGCGCAAUGGAAGAGAAAGAAUCAAAAAAUGACAAAUGAAAUGAAUGAUUUGAGAAUGUUGCUCGACGAGCAAAAUAGUCGCAAUAAUUUGCUAGAAAAACGCCAACGGAAGUUUGAUUCUGAAUGUCAAGCAUUACAAGAUACUGCGAGACAAGAGAAACAGUCAAAAGAAAGAUUAUCGCGUGAAAAAGAUGUUCUAAUUGCCGAGAAAUUCCAACUAGAACAAAAACUUGAAGACACUCGCCUUGAAUUGGAACUUAAGGAAGAGAAAGUCUCAGCUCUAAAUAGAGAACUAGAGGAACUGACAUUCGGUGGGAAUACAGAAGAAGAAAUUGCACAAUUAAAGAGAUCCAAACUUGAAUUUGAGAAACGUUGUAAGGAACAAGAGGAAGAACUUGACGAAAUGGCUGGUCAAAUUCAGCUUCUCGAGCAAGCCAAAUUACGUCUUGAAAUGUCAUUGGAGACAAUGAGGAAAGACUCAAAACGAGAGGCACAGCAAAGAGAUGAUGAAUUAGAAGAAAUUCGAGGAUCAUCAUAUAAGAAAGUAAAGGCUUUAGAAUGUCAACUUGAACAAGAGCAUGAAGAAAGAACUUUGUUGCUCAGAGAGAAGCAUGAAUUAGAGAGACGAUUGAAUAUGUUCGAGGAUCAAGAUCGUCUUGAUAGAGCCGCAGAAGAAGCAGCAACACAGAAAUUAAAGAAGGAUUUGAGAAAAUGUAAAGCUCUCCUUCGUGACGCUCAAACUCAACUGGAACGUGCCAAGACUGAUUCUGCUGGAAAGGCACUCAUUCGACAAUUGAAAAAUCAACUAGAUGAUGCAGAAUCCGCAAGAACGAUUGCUGUAAAGGCACGUCAAACUGCAGAAUCAGAAUUGGCAGAUUUACAGUCAACAUUUGAGGAGAAUCAACGUGCCAAAUAUGAGGCUGAAGAGAAAGCAACGGCUGCACAACGCAAUCUCGCAGAAUUGCAAGCUCAAAUUGAUGAGAAUGAAGAAGAAAUGGCAGAACUUAUGAAGAAAUAUAGUGCGACUGUGAAGCAAUUAAGUACUGAGCAAUCAGCUAUUAAUGACUAUGAAAUUAAGAUAUCAGAAUUAGAAUCCGAAAAGAAUUCGAUGAAGGAGCAAAUUGCUGAACUUACAGCACGUCUGGAUAAUUUCGAGAGUAUGAGUGAUCCAAAUUCAAACAUACAAAAUAAGAGACUUGAAUUAAGAACUAAGGAAUUAGAAUCGAGAUUAGAAUUUGAGCAAAUGACACGAGCACGCCUUGAAGUUCAAUGUAAUCGCUUAAAAGAUAAUGUUGAAAGAGUACAAAAUGAGGUGGCUCAAGUCAGAAUGAAGGAGGCGCAGGCACAAGAAGCAUACAAAAAGGCACAAAAAAGCUUACGUGAAUUACGUGACGAGUUCCAUGUCAUUUCAAAUCGCGAACAAGAGUCUAUGACUCGACGAAAAGAUAUUGAGAAGAAAUUGGAGUCAUCGGAAGCGGAAGCAGCAUCAGCUCGAAGUGAUUUACGACUGGCACUACAACGAAUUGCUGAUUUACAGCAAGCAUUAGAUGGAGAGGAUAGCGAAGCCUCUGGAAGUGAUGACAGCGACGUUUCAUCCGACGACUCAAGUGAGAUAGAUGUCCGUUUUCGUCCAUCGUCGACAUCGUCCAAGACGCUCCUUACAAAUAAUCACAGUGAAAAAAGUUCGUUAAAAGAUUCCAAAAGCUUAAAUAAUCACAAUGCGAAUAACUUUACUAAUAAUAAUUUAAAUAAAAAUAACAUAAGUAAUACUUACGAAGAACGAGACAAUACACCAAGAAUUACAAUUACUGCAUCUACAACUUACACGAAAACGGAAAUCAUUGGAAAAGAAAUGAGUGCCACAAUUGAGAAUUCUACGAACGGAAGUGAUUCAUUUGUUUAAGACCCGUGAUCUAAAAUAAUUAAUACGAUUAGAACUGGAGAUGAUCAUGAUGAUUUUGUUAAAUUGCAAAUUUAUUAAGGAAUGAAUUGUCAAAAAGGAGGAUCAGAAUUAUUUUGGUGAUCGAUGCUUUGAAAAAUGUGUCAAAUUUGUCAUUAGGAUAGUCUUGAUACACAAUAAUAAGAUUAUUUUGAACUCUUUAGUGUCAAUGUUUUCAAAGCAUAGAUCUCCAAAAUUUUACUGAUCCAACUUUAAGGAUGCAUGAUUUUAUAUAAAUUGAUUAAAUUGUAAGACACGUCUCAAGACGAAAAUGGAUGCUUAAAUUCAUCAAAAUAUAUUAUUUUAGGAUGGAUAUAAUGAAGAUUAUAAUAAUUUUUUUAUAAUUGAGGAACUUACUAGUGUUUUAAUUAGAUCAA